GAACAGAUAAAGAUCAAAGUUCAAGGGAUCCCACAAGGCUACUGGACUGAAGAUGUAUACAAUGCACUCAUCCGCUACGGUGACAUUUCAAGAAUUGAGAUGGACGGCCCAACAACUGCAUUUGUUCUCUUCCAGUAUCCCCCGCCUGAUUUCUCGAGACGUAUCACUAGCAAAUCCUUGUCCAUUGGUCACAAAACAGUCAGAGUGGAGAUAAAGCCACACAACGUUCGAAUGGUCCCAAGCCCAGUACACCCAGAAAAGGCACACAGGGAGCUCAUCCGUCUCCAAUCUAAAAUGAUCGACUUUGGCCCUAGAAUUGGCGAGAGCUCAAUGAUGGUGAUGGAAAGAAUCACUACCCACGGGCAGGUCAGCGUUACUUUGGACUUGUAUCGCAAGGAGAUCCAGAUAAAGUUUCCGCUUAGGACGCAGGAUGACAUACGCUGGCAUUUCUUCAAGAUGCCCUUUGCGCAGCUUGAAAAGAUACACACCCACAAAUCGAUGAACAGCUCGGAUGCAACAUUCAGUCUGAUUAUCCCCUUUGACAAACCUCCACAGUUCUAUCGGCAAGCAACCGAAGCAGAACUGCCCAGGACAUUCAGUAAAGAGAGGUUCUGGAAUGUAUGGAGCUCUUGGUACCGGCAAACAGAUGCGGUACCUGAUCAAGUCAAAGCGCAGAUCAUGAAGGAGCCUCUAAGGCAUUACAGCGACUUCGCAAUUAUUGACCUUGGGAAGUGGACGACAUAUCGAAUUCCCCUUCCGUCCGCGGUAUUGCAAAGCAGUGUAUGGUCAAAUUUCUGCGGGGCUCUUGCCGAUUAUGGCAUUCCUGUUAUAGAGGUGCCAGGUUAUACUUUCCAACAAAGAUCGCCAGCCCAGAUCUGGGGUCUCCUGCCCGAUGAAGCUGCCACCAGAGCGCCUGAGCGAAUAGCUACAUCGGCGUCUGCCUUCGACGAGCUGUCAUCUAUCAACCACAACUUGAAGUUCGAAGUCCGAUAUCAACUCGAAGUCUGUUUGACUCAUGGAUACCUCAAGGAGAACAAUGUAACUACCCAAUUCAUGGAGCAGCUCGUCUCCAUGAAACCUAGGGAUGCAACCCUUCUGCUGGAGAAGAUUGCAGACCGACAGAUCAUUCACUAUAAUCCCUCCGACAUUUUCAAGAUCCCUAUCAGGGCCUCAAUGGCCAGAAAGGUACCAAGUUAUUGUGUUCUCGCCCGUUCUGUCACGAUUACUCCAACGACAAUGCACGUGAACACUCCAGCAGUUGAGACCUCAAAUCGCGUCCUUCGAAAGCAUGCUGCCGACGCUGAUAGAUUCAUUCGGGUCAAGUUCACAGACGAGAAGACAGAAGGGCGCCUUUUUGGAAAACACGAUGGCACGUUCGAUGCACUUUUCGAAAGGGUCACCCGUGCAAUGGAGCAUGGGAUUAUCGUCGCAGGACGUCAUUACGAGUUCCUCGCCUACGGUAACUCUCAGUUCAGGGAGAACGGUGCUUAUUUCUAUGCCCCUACACCAUCCGCAUCAGCGGCCAGCAUUCGCAAGUCUAUGGGCUAUUUCGAUGAAAUCAAGUCCGUGGCGAAGUAUGGCGCUCGACAGGGGCAGUGCUUCUCUACUACGAGGUACAUCCAUACGAUCCAAGGGAUCAAUGUAGUCGAAAUCGACGACGUAGAGAGAAAUGGAUACACCUUCACUGACGGCGUUGGCAAACUGUCUCCAUUUGUUGCCAAAAUGGCGGCUCAGGAAUUGGGCAUACCCAAAGCCUUCGAGGACCCUCCAUCACUAUAUCAAUUUCGAUUGGCAGGCUGCAAAGGCGUCUUGGCUAUAGACCCAGAAAUCAGCGGCAGCGCAAUUCAUAUUCGCCCAAGCCAGUACAAAUUCAAAGCAGAGAACAAGGGUUUCGAGGUCAUUCGCACUUCGGCCUUUGCAACAGCCUGCUUCAAUCGUCAAUUGAUUGUCAUCCUUUCUACCUUGGGAGUUCCCAACCAUGCGUUUAUUCGCAAGCAGCAGAGCAUGAUGGAUGAUCUGCAAAAAGCCACUACGGACAAAGCAGUGGCUAUUGAUCGGCUACAGCGUAACAUUGACUUCAACCAGACAACCCUUACUAUUGCUGCUAUGAUCCUUGAUGGGUUUAUGAAGGACCCAUUCGUGAUGAGCCUCCUCCACCUGUGGCGAGCCUACAACAUCAAGUUCCUCAAGGAGAAAGCAAGGAUAGUGGUCGACGAGGGCGCUUUCGUUCUUGGAUGUGUAGACGAGACCGCAACACUCAAAGGCCAUUUCAACGCCGACCAAUGCCGACCUGACGCUACAAGAUCAGAAAAGAUGGAUACCCUGCCAGAGAUAUUCCUUCAAAUUUCUGAUCCCACUCGGCCACAUCAGUACAAGAUUGUCCAGGGGGAAUGCAUUCUCGCUCGCAAUCCUUCUCUACACCCUGGUGAUGUUCGUAUUGUUCGAGCUGUCGACAAACCAGCUUUACACCACCUGAGAGAUGUGGUGGUGCUUCCGCAAACAGGGGAUCGCGACAUUGCUGGUAUGUGCUCAGGGGGAGAUCUUGAUGGAGAUGACUAUAUCGUCAUGUGGGAUCCGAAAUUCUUACCUACUACCAUCAACGAGGAACCAAUGGACUUCACACCUGAGAGGCCGCUUGACAAAGAUACACCCGUGACGACCAGGGAUUUGACUGAUUUCUUCGUGACAUACAUGAAGAACGACAGUCUCGCUCGGAUCGCGACUUCACAUCUUGCGCAGGCCGACUACAAUGCAGAAGGUGUGCGAGACGAGAAGUGCAUACAGCUUGCGAAAUUGCAUUCCCAGGCUGUUGAUUACCCAAAGAGUGGGAUUCCGGCGAUCAUGAACCUCGAAUUGAGGCCCAAGAGGUGGCCUCACUUUAUGGAUAAUGGACGCUCUGCACGCCCAUACUAUCACUCCCGAAACAUACUUGGAAUACUAUACGACCAAGUAACACUGGUCGACUUCAAGCCACAGUACGAUAACCCAUUUGACGAACGGAUCUUGAAGGCGUUUCCGUCCUUGGAUGAGAAAAUUCUACGUGAGGCUCGAGAAGUCAAGACGGAGUACGAUUUCUCUCUGAGAAAGCUUAUGGCUAAACAUGAUAUUCAAACCGAAUUCGAGGCUUGGUCUGUUUUUGUCCUGUCCCACAACCAGGAGGCCCGUGAUUACACAUUCGCAGAGGAAUUCGGUCGUUCGGUUAGUACUCUUAAGAACGAAUACCGUGAAUUGUGCCGGGAAAAAGCUGGGUCGAAGGACGCCGUCACGGGUCAGUCAAACAUGGCUAGAUUCGUGGCGGCAAUGUAUACAGUCACGGCGCGGGAGAUGGAAGAAGCUCGCAAAGAGGGCGAUGAGAGUGGAAUGGUUGGCGGUAGGCAAGAAAGUAAGGAUCCUAGCCACAUGCCACUGAUGAGCUUUCCGUGGCUUUUCCCAGGCCACCUGGGCAAGAUCGCGAGUGGUCGUGACAACGAUCACUCAGUUCCCGCCAUACAUGUCGCUCCGACAAAGACUAAGGCUCGGAGGGAUAUCGACGACACUCUCUCGGAGACGAGUGCCACAGUGGAGACGAAGGAGGGCAUCGUCAAGAUGGGAGACGAUCUCAAGCUA